UCUCUCUCUCUCUCUCUCUCUCUCUCUCUCUCUGUGGGUGGCAUGCCUGAAUGUCCACAGCAAGGGAGAGGCUUGAUGAGGUAGGCAAGAAGAUAAAGAGGGAAGCCGAUGUCGCGCACGACAUGGCACCGAGGCAACUGCUAGGCCCGGUUGGGACAGUGAACAAGACAACCCCUUGCGCUGCCUGUAAGCUCUUGAGGCGGCGGUGCGCUCAAGAGUGCCCCUUUUCUCCCUAUUUCUCCCCUCAUGAGCCCCAAAAGUUUGCAUCAGUUCAUCGAGUCUUCGGUGCAAGCAACGUCUCCAAGAUGCUGAUGGAGGUUCCUGAGAGCCAGCGAGCCGACGCAGCAAAUAGUCUGGUUUACGAAGCAAACAUCAGGCUGAGAGAUCCUGUGUAUGGGUGUCUGGGUGUCAUCUCGACGUUACAGCAGCAAGUCCAAGCCUUGGAGGCAGAGCUCGCGGCGGUGACGGCUCAGAUACUGAAGUGCAAGUACAGGCAAACGGGUGCUGCCAUCCUUCCCACGCCGCACGCCGCCGCCUUGCUCAUCUCCAAUGGAGUGAUCUCAGGUGCUGCACCGAGGGCACCUGCUUCCUCCUCUUCCUCCAUGUAUGCCGCAGCUGCUUCCAGCUCCACGGAUUACAGCUCCAUCACCAAUGACAAUGUUUCUCUCUUUGGGUAGAAAAAUUCUUGGAGCAUCCAUCCAGAUUCUUACGUUUUGUUUCGGACAUGUCGUGUGAUGCUUGUUUCGAUCAAAAUUUUGUAUGUCUUAAUCUUGAUCUUUGAUAGAUUUAGAUCUUGAAUCUUCUGCAUUAAGAAAAGAUCCAGAGAGAUGGAGAUGCAUGAGCUGUUGUUAAACGUGCAUGUGAUCUGGUUGACCAUUGUGAGAUGUAGGGUUCCCUCACACGCUUGCCUAUGCCCUUAGGAUCCCUCCCUAGUCAUCAACAUUAAAGGAGGGGAGACAGAAGGUAUGACUAAUU